CAGUGGCGUCACGCGUUGUCAAGUUGACUGACUGGGAAGUGGCAUCGAAGCGGUCGCGGACCGCCCUGGAUGGAGUUCGCCUGGCGGGGAAAUGACCGACCAGGAGAACAACAACAGUAUCUCCAGUAACCCCUUCGCCGCCCUCUUCGGCUCCGUCGCCGACGCCAAGCACUUCGCCGAGAUCCAGAAGCAACAGCAAGUGACGCCGCCCGUUGUGGAGGAAACCUCGGCCAGCCAAGAUGAUUCUGACAACAGCGUGUCUGAAAGCCUGGAUGAUUGUGACUACUCUGUGGCUGAGAUCAGCCGCUCAUUCCGUUCCCAGCAGGAGCUCUGUGAGCAGCUCAACAUCAACCACAUGAUCCAGAGAAUCUUCCUGAUCACGCUUGACAACAGUGACCCCAAUCUCAAAAGUGGCAAUGGGAUUCCUGCACGCUGUGUGUACUUGGAGGAAAUGGCAACAGACUUGGAGGAUCAGGAUUGGCUUGACAUGGAGAAUGUGGAGCAGGCUCUCUUUACCCGGCUACUCCUCCCUGAACCAGGGAAUCACCUGAUUCACAUGACCUCGGCUGGCAUACAGAAUCUAUCAGCUGAAAGAGAUGCAGGGGAGAAGCACAUAUUUCGCUACCUCUUUGCCAGCUUCCAGAGGGCAAAGGAGGAGAUUACCAAAGUGCCAGAGAACCUGUUGCCCUUUGCCAUGCGCUGCCGAAACCUUUCCGUGUCCAACACUCGCACGGUCCUCCUCACCCCGGAGAUCUAUAUCAACCAAAAUGUCUAUGAGCAGCUAGUGGACUUGAUGCUGGAGUCCCUUAGAGGAGCAUGCUUUGAAGAUGUAACUGAGUUCCUGGAGGAAGUCAUAGAAGUCCUCACCAUGGAUGAGGAAGUGAGGACCUUUGAGGAAGUAAUGGUGCCUGUCUUCGAUAUCCUCUUGGGACGGAUCCGAGAGCUGCACCUUUGCCAGAUCCUGCUAUACUCCUACCUGGACAUGCUCCUGUACUUCACUAGGCAGAAAGAUAUAGCGAAAGUUUUUGUAGAGUACAUCCAGCCAAAGGACCCAGCCAACGGGCAGCUCUACCAGAAGACUUUGCUGGGAGCUAUCUUGAGCAUCUCAUGCUUGUUGAAGACCCCAGGUGUGGUAGAGAACCACGAUUACUUCUUGAAUCCCUCUCGGUCCAGCCCUCAGGAGAUCAAGGUGCAGGAAUCCAACAUCCAUCAGUUCAUGGCUCAGUUCCAUGAGAAGAUCUACCAGAUGCUCAAGAACCUGCUGCAGCUAUCACCACAAACAAAGCACCGAAUCCUGUCCUGGCUGGGAAACUGUCUCCAUGCUAAUGCAGGCCGCACGAAGAUAUGGGCCAACCAGAUGCCAGAGAUUUUCCUCCAGAUGUAUGCCUCGGAUGCCUUCUUCCUGAACUUGGGGGCCGCCCUCCUCAGGCUAUGCCAGCCCUUUUGUAAGCCCAGAUCUCCCCGGCUCCUCACAUUUGACCCUACCUACUGUGCGCUGAAAGAGCUGAAUGAGGAAGAGCAGCGGAGCAAGAAUGUGCAUAUGAAAGGUUUGGAGAAAGAAACCUGCUUGAUCCCAGCCACAACUGAGCAGGAGCCAGAGUUUGCCCCCAGCUACAACCUCGUGACGGAGAACUUGGUGUUGACCCAGUAUACCCUCCAUUUAGGAUUUCACAGGUUGCAUGACCAGAUGAUCAAACUAAACCAAAGCCUUCACCGGCUGCAGGUGGCCUGGCGAGAGGCUCAGCAGAGCUCCAGCCCUUCAGCAGACAACCUUCGGGAGCAGUUUGAGCGUCUCAUGACCAUCUAUCUCUCCACCAAAACAGCUAUGACAGAGCCACAGAUGUUGCAGAACUGUCUUCACCUGCAGGUCUCCAUGGCUAUUCUCCUGGUCCAGCUGGCCAUUGGAAACCAAGGGACCGAGCUGGUAGACCUGACGUUCCCUCUGUCUGAGGUGGAGAAGAAUGCUCUGGCCUAUGUCCCAGAAUUUUUUGCUGACAACUUGGGUGACUUCUUCAUAUUCUUGCGCCGCUUUGCUGAUGAUCUUCUGGAAACGUCAGCUGAUUCCCUGGAGCACAUCCUUCAUUUUGUGACUAUCUUCACUGGGGAUGUGGACAGGAUGAAGAACCCACACCUGCGAGCCAAGCUGGCUGAAGUGUUAGAGGCUGUAAUGCCUCACAUGGACCAGGUGCAGAAUCCCCUUGUCUCCAGUGUCUUCCAUCGCAAGAGGGUCUUCUGCUCCUACCAGCAUGCUGCCUACCUUGCUGAGGCGCUCAUCAAGGUCUUUGUGGACAUUGAAUUCACUGGGGAUCCCCAUCAGUUCGAGCAGAAGUUCAACUAUCGCAGGCCUAUGUACCCCAUCCUCAGGUAUAUGUGGGGCAUUGAUUCCUACCGGGAAAGCAUCAAGGCACUCGCCGACUAUGCCUCAAAGAACCUAGAAGCAAUGAAUCCCCCUCUCUUUUUGCGCUUCCUAAACUUGCUCAUGAAUGAUGCCAUCUUCUUGUUGGAUGAGGCCAUUCAGUACCUGAGUAAGAUCAAGAUCCAGCAGAUUGAGAAGGACCGGGGUGAGUGGGAUGCCCUGUCUACAGAGCUGCGGCGUGAGAAGGAAGCCAGCCUGCAGAUGUUUGGGCAGCUGGCUCGCUUCCACAACAUCAUGUCCAAUGAGACAAUUGGGACCCUGGCCUUCCUGACUUCAGAGAUCAAGUCCCUCUUUGUGCACCCCUUCCUGGCUGAGCGCAUUAUCUCCAUGCUCAACUACUUCCUGCAGCACUUGGUGGGCCCCAAAAUGGGGGCUUUAAAGGUCAAAGACUUCAGCGAGUUUGACUUCAAACCCCAACAGUUGGUUUCUGACAUCUGCACCAUCUACUUAAAUCUGGGGGACGAGGACAACUUUUGUGCCACAGUGCCCAAGGACGGGCGAUCGUAUUCCCCAACUCUUUUUGCUCAGACAGUCAGAGUCCUGAAGAAGAUUCACAAGCCUGGCAACAUGAUUGUAGCAUUUAGCAACCUGGCACAGAGGAUCAAGUCCCUUGCAGACCGCCAACUGCAGGAAGAGGAGACCUACGCGGAUGCCUGUGAUGAAUUUCUGGACCCUAUCAUGAGUACUUUAAUGAUGGACCCGGUGUUGCUGCCUUCCUCUCGGGUCACUGUAGAUAGAUCAACAAUUGCCAGGCACCUCCUGAGUGACCAGACUGAUCCUUUCAACCGGAGCCCCCUCACCAUGGACCAGAUCAGACCAAAUACUGAACUCAAGGAGCGGAUCCAGCAGUGGCUGGCAGAGCGGAAGAAAGAAAAAGAGCAGUUGGAAGGGACUCUGUGAUCUGGAUUGUGGCCCUGCCUGGGCUUCCACAACCCCCAGGACCUUUAAACUGCCUGCUCCUUCCCUCUUUUGCGCUACCACUGUGGAGUUGUGGGGGGAGAAGUGUGGGGGUUCUAUGGGCCUGUUUUGGUUUUCGGGUUUUUUUGCCGUUAGGACUUUUGUCAGAAAUCUUUAGCUGCUCCCUGCCUUUUUGGUUCACCUGCUGUCCAGUUUCCACAGCAACUGCCCUUCCCCAUAUCCCUGCCCAAAUAGGUUUCUCUUCUGUUGCAGCAGCAGUUCUCGUGCCAGAAACUUUUUUUCUGUUUUAAUGUGAAGGCAAAAGCUGCACUCUCCCCAUUGGACAGACCUUUGUUUAUGCAAUCCUGACACUAUUGACUGAGAUCUGCAACUCACUUUGGUCCAUACAGGGGGACUAUUACCCACCAACAGCCUUUGGGUAGAGGAAGCUGAUGCCAAGAGGCUGGGUGAAUGUCGGCUGUAGCAUUUGCCCCCUCCCCAAGCUUGACAUAUCAUACUGUGGUGAUGAGCCCCCCGUUGUUGCUUUUGCUGGCAAUGACUCAAGUCUUCUGGGCUGGUGGGCCUGUGCCCAAAGCACUGUGUACAUGUUCAUGCAGGUACCCUAUGAAUCCUGCCUGCAUUUAUACUGUGCCUGUUGCAUGUCAAUAUGUAUGCAGUGUGUAUAUAGUAUAACAUUCACUUUAGACCAAUAAAAGUGUCAGGUGUCCAUGUUUCUUUGGUGUUGUAUGCCUGUUGAUCCUGUAGCCUUCUACCCUCAACCACUUCCUCUCUACCAGGGUAGCUGCUGCAACCUUAUUGGUGUGCUCAAUAUGCCCCUUGGCUGCUCUUCGUUUAACUCUUCAGUUUUUCCAUUUCAAAGCAAGUAUGUAUUUUUGUUUUAAAUAUUCUACCCUGCUCCAUUUAAAUGAGAUAAAACAUAUACUUGAUCAGCUCUCCAGAAGUAGAUGCUUUUCGUAUAUUCUUGUUGACUUUCCUCCCCUCCAGCCUGGUGUGGAAAACCCUUACCCUAUAGAAUACUCCACAAACAUUCUUCAGGGCCUAAACACAUUUAAAUCUUCCCAGUGAAGAUCCUGCACUUUGAGCUGUCUAGGUGGUCCUGUGUAAGGAGAUAAAUAGCAAUUAUGAAACUGCUUUCUUGAGGUCCUUGGGCAGGCAUCCCUAGAACUUUGGCCCUCCAGAUGUUUUGGGCUACAAUUCCCAUCUUCCCCAACCACUGGUCCUGUUAAAUAGGGAUCAUGGGAAUUGUAGGCCAAAACAUCUGGAGGGCUGCAGUUUGGGGAUGCCUGUCCCUGGGCUUCCAUAUUUUUCUUUUCUUUCUUUUUAUGAUUGCACAAUUUGUUUCCCAUAAUCAGUGGUGCACCAUAAGUGCUUCUCACCCCCUUUCACAGUGUGUGAUAUCAAGAUACCCCAAAGCAGGCAACAUGCCUGUCACAAGCCCAUCUUUUUAUACCCUGUGACACUUUCUUCCUCCUAUCCAUAGCUGCCAUAACCACCUCCUCCCCUUCCUUCCACAGCCUGCCUGUAUUCAGGGGUGCAUUGGCUUGGAGAAAUUUGACAGGUUCUAUCUAAAUGUGUCCCACAGUAUAUCCCCAUACACAAUCUGUUAUUUAAAGUGGAUCGACAUUGUUUUUUGUUGUGGGUUUUUUGUUUUUUUAAAGAAUGAAAACCACUCCCCAUGGAAGGAUUCACUCCCCUGAAUUUGAAGAAGCAGGCAUGGGGGCGGGGGGGGGGUGAAAAGCAUGCUCCUACUGCCACUACAUUGAAGUGGCGCACUGUGGGUGGUUUGUCUAGGCUAGGACAUGGUUUCCCAAACUUGGGUCUCUAGCUGUUGUUGGACUACAACUCCCAUCAUCCCUAGCAGGCAAGAUAAUAGAAUGAUGGGAAUUGUAGUCCAAAGACAGCUGUCGACCCAAGUUUGAGAAACCCUGGCCUAGGGAGUGUUCCCCCAGUGAUGGAUGGGGCUGUACUCUGCUGUGAAAGCUCAGAUUUAGGAACACCAGAAGCUGCCUUAAAGUCAGAUUUAUUAUAAUGUCGGGUUUAUAAAGUUUACCUAGCUCAGUGUUGUCUACAUUGACUGGUGCCAAUUUUCCAAAGUUUGAGGCGGGGAUCUUUCUAAGACUUGCGUGGAAAUGUCAGACACUGAAUUUGAGGUUUUCAGAUAGAGAAGUCCAAGUUGGAAAUGGAAUUGUUAGAUACAAAAACGAAAAAUCUUUCCAAAAUGGCAUAUGAAAAGAUGAACAAGUGAUAUCAGUAAUGAUUGAUUGGGCUAAAGAUGUGGGGCACAACAUCAUGAUGGUUUGGGGGCCUUCUGCAUGCAAAAAGUGCUCUUUAUCUGUACAGGCU